CAUCAUUACUGGCCGCAUCUUUGACUUCAUCCAUAAUUUAGCCCCAGACUUUCAUAACUUUGGAAAUCGUCCAGCUCGUCACCGCUAGAUAUUCGCAUUGACUCACAUCUAAUUUCUACAAUCACCUACAAAAUACACCUAGAUUAACCUUAAUCAACCAUUCAUUAACCAACAACUAAUCGUUGAACUUUAUUAUCCCUAGACUUUGUGACCGUUUGACUAACUGAAUUGCCGAGAUGGAUCAACCAACUGAGCAGAUACAAUCUGAAUUAGAAAACUUUAGGGAACAAUGGCGAGCAGAGGUCUCAGCUCGUUCUAAGAAUACGGCUGGGUCUCAACAACAGCAACAGAGAACAACUUCAUCUCAAGCAGGACCCUCGACUUCAAGCAAGCCUUCGAAAAGAAGUGAACCUGCUCAUAGAAAGACCGGCUCAAGAAUCAUCUCUCAUAUAGAAAACGAGGACGAGUACAUUCAGACACAGUCCUUUGAUGAACCAGACCUGAGUAAAACAACGGGCCAGAAACUCUCACGUCAGGAUGGCCCUUCUACCACAAAUACUAAGAAUAAGGAGAAGGAACCCCAGACCGCCUUAGACUUCUACGAGAAAGCCGUUGAGAUGGAGACAAGCGGUAAGCUUGGCGAUAGCUUGCAACUAUACCGCAAGGCCUUCCGGAUGGACGACAACGUUGAUCAGUCUUACCGCAACAAGCACUUCCCGGCCCGCUGGACUAAAACGGCUCAAAUCAACCCGUCGAACGCUCCCGCGACGGUUCCUAACACCGCCCACCACUCCCUAGAAGGCCCCACAUUGUCGCUGCCAGAUCUGAUAGCCAGCUUUUCGGACCUGAGAAUCGAGGGCGUACCACCAGAAUGCGAAGGUGUGGAGGCACCUCCAUGCCCCAUAGCCGCGCUCCCAGACGAGAUCCUCGUCCAUAUCCUACGCGACGUAGCCAUCGCGGACGUAGGUGACUUCGUGCGUUUGGCCCAAGUAUGUAAACGACUAGCCUACCUCAUCGCGACCGAAGACCAGAUCUGGCGACGCGUGUGUCUAGGAUCGGAGUUCGGGUUCGGCGGGAUGCACUUCCACUGGCAACUAGGGAUAACCUGGGACGCGCUCACCGCGGCCCAAGUUCUCGGCGACAACGACGACAACACCACCACCUCCGCGGAUGUAUUCACACUAGACCAGCUCACCAGACAACGUCUAGAAGAGCGCCGCGCAACAACUACCGUGCUCCUCAACAGCCUGUACUCCGGGUCCUGGGCAACGAUGUUCCGCCGCCGUCCGCGCGUGCGGUUCAACGGGUGCUACAUCAGCACCGUGAACUACAUCCGCGCGGGCCAAGCCUCCGUGCACCAAAUCACGUGGAACAGCCCCGUGCACAUCGUCACAUACUACCGGUACCUGCGCUUAUUCCGGGACGGCUCCGCCAUCAGUCUCCUCACGACGGACGAGCCGGCCCACGUGGUCCACCACAUGACGAAAGACAACCUCUCGCUGCACCGCGGGGGCGGGGGCCCGCAUCUGCCCAGCGCGGUGAUGGGGAACGCGCUCAUGGGGCGCUGGAGGAUGUCUGGCGAGGGGGACGACCCCGAGGGCGGGGUCGGGGGGAUGGAGGGGGAUUUGUAUGUUGAGACGGAGGGCGUGGGGCCGAAGUAUAUGUACCGCAUGGAACUUACGUUUAAGGGCACGGGUGCGGGGAAGGUGAAGCCCGGGAGUUUGAAGGUUAGCUGGAAGGGGUUUUGGAGCUAUAAUCGCGAGACGGACGAUUGGGCGGAGUUUGCGCUUAGGCAUUAUAAACCGUUCUUUUUUAGUCGGGUUAGGAGUUAUGGUGUUGGGGAGGUUUAGGG